AUGGGGGCAAACAUCUCUAGCAAGUCACCACCCUUUGAUGGGAAUGAGGAYGUUACCUUCGACCAUUUUGAGAUUUUGAGAGCUAUUGGRAAGGGCAGCUUUGGAAAAGUCUGCGUGGUGCAAAAGACUGACACCAAGAAAAUGUACGCCAUGAAAUACAUGAACAAACGCAAGUGUGUGGAGCGCAAUGAAGUGAGGAAUGUUUUCAAGGAGCUGCAGAUCAUGCAGGGCCUGGAACACCCUUUCUUGGUUAAUUUAUGGUACUCAUUCCAGGAUGAAGAGGAUAUGUUCAUGGUGGUCGACCUGCUGCUUGGAGGGGACCUGCGCUAUCAUCUGCAACAAAACGUGCGAUUCCGAGAGGGAACGGUGAAACUCUUCAUCUGUGAGCUGGUGCUGGCCCUCGACUACUUGCAGAGCAGGCACAUCAUCCACAGAGAUAUCAAGCCUGACAACAUUUUACUGGAUGAGCACGGCCAUGUGCACAUCACCGAUUUCAAUAUUGCCACRAUGCUGACGAAGGAGAGCCACGUCACCACCAUCGCUGGCACMAAGCCCUACAUGGCACCUGAAAUGUUCAAUUCCACAAAACCCACGGGCUACUCCUUCGCCGUGGACUGGUGGUCCCUGGGGGUCACUGCCUACGAGCUGCUCAGGACUCGGGUACGCCCUCUGCCUGCUCCACAGAAUGUGCCUUGUGGGGAUGGUCUCACCUCUUCCCUUUAUCUCUUGCUGCAGCUGCUCGAACUGAACCCCGAGAAACGUUUUUCUCARCUGAAGGACAUCCAGGCCUUCCCGUAUCUGUCUGAUGUGAACUGGGAUGCUGUUCUCCACAAAAGGAUAAUGCCAGAAUUCAUUCCCAUGAAAGGCAUACUGAACUGUGACCCAACCUUUGAACUGGAAGAAAUGAUCCUGGAAUCCAAACCUCUUCACAAAAAAAAAAAGCGCUUGUCUAAGAAGGAGAAAGAUCCCAGCAAAAGCAAUUCAUCCCAGGCCAGCCACCUCCAGAAGCACCUGGAAAUGCUCCAGAGGGACUUCAUAGUUUUCAACAGAGAGAAGGUAAGACCCCACCAUGACAGCAUCCAGGAGACCAUGACAAAAAGUGGAGGCACACGCAGGGAGGACAACCAGAACAACACCCUCUGAGAACAGCAC